UUUGCCUUUCAAACGGACAAACGCAACUGCACGCGGACUGAGCUCCACUCUCUGUCGCAGUCUCGGCGCGUCGUCAGCGACUCGCGAUCGGCCGGCCGGCGGCGCGCCUGUGAUGUCGCGGGGCGGGCGGCGCCGGCAGACGCGGUGGCCAUGCCGUACGUGGACCGACACAAUCGCAUCUGCGGCUUCCUGGACAUCGAGGAGACGGAGGGCAGCGGAAAGUUCCUGAGACGCUACUUCGUCCUCGGCGCGCAGGGCCACAGCCUCCUGUGGUACAUGGACAACCCGCAGAAUCUUCCGGAAGGAUCCCCGAACGUAGGCUCCCUCAAGCUGUCCUACAUCUCCAAGGUGAGCGACGCCGCCAAACUGAGGCCAAAGGCGGAGUUCUGCUUCGUGAUAAACGCGGGAAUGCGCAAGUUCUACCUGCAGGCUAACGACCAACAGGACUUGGUGGAGUGGAUCGCUGUUCUCAACAACGCCACCAAGAUAACGGUGCCAAAGGUAAGCGAGGGCACCGACACGCCUCAGGAAGUCCUGGGCGCCUUGAAGCACGUCUCCUACAAGACGGAGAUCGUGGGCGGCGUCCCCGUCGUCACCGCCACUCAGGAGCGGGCGGACGAGGCCGAGCGCGGCGCCGCCGGCGGGCCCUGCUUCCUGUCCGGCCGAGUCCAGGACCGCGACCGAGCUGUCAUCAAGGCGGGAUACUGCGUCAAGCAGGGAGCUGUGAUGAAGACGUGGAAGCGGAGGUACUUCGUGCUGCAUCCCAACGGCCUCGGCUACUUCAAGUCGGACUCGGACAGGGGGGCGCUGCGCGUGAUCCCCCUCAAGGACAUCCUCAAAGUUCAAGAGUGCAAGCAAAGUGAGCUGAUGAUGAGGGACAACCUCUUCGAGAUGAUCACAAGCUCCAGAACGUUCUACUUGCAGAGCGACAGUCCCGAGGACAUGCGCAGCUGGAUUAAAGCCAUCUCCGGCGCCGUCGUGGCCCAGCGAGGACCGGGAUGCGCCGCCGGCUCGGAUCGCAGGUGCCCCCCCGCCUCCUCCUCGUCCUCCUCCACCUUCUACUACGCCCUCAGUGAGGAACUACCUUACCCGCUAUGCUCCGCUGCGCCUCUCGCCGACUCUGUCCCGCCGGUCGCCCAAGCGUCGCCGUGGCAACGGCCAAGCGACGAGAAGAUGGCGCGCGACGACGAGUGAUUCCAUUUGACGACGGUGGGGAAUCCUCGGGCAUCUUUUUUUUUUAUUUUAUUUUUUUAUAAAUGAUAUUCAACAACUUUUUCUGACUUACAUUUUACUCUGCUUCUGAUUUUGUUUUUUCU